AUCCCGUACACUUCUUUGUUGACGAGUCCGCAAGGGGCAACGGGAACAGCUGCAGAGUUGUCGUGAAACAAGGAACAUCGGGCGAGCUCACGAUAGGCUGGACGGCGACAGCAAAGCAUAUCCGGCAGCUCUGCCCUCUGGUGCUGUCUGUCCACGAAACACGAUAGACGUCUUAGCGCUAUCUUCGUCCAGCGACCAAACCCGGCCGCCAUCCCACCGCCUGUCCUGGGAGCACAUCAUUCUUGUCCUUCUAGCGCCAUACCAUCAUAUCAUUGCACCUAGCCCUCGCGCGACAGCGAGUGCUAUUGCUACGGAAGUCCACGAAGACGACAUCGCACGCGGCGGUACACUACCGGCGGGGCUGCGGUCUUGCUUCUGCCCAUCACCUGCUAUCGGUCGAUCCUGACCCAGCUGGGCUCUUAUACUCACCAAGCUUGCAAGCACCUCACCACUGCCGCAUGCCGCUACUUCUCCCUUCGAGCGGCGCGUGACUUGCGCCCAACCCACGAGAUCAUUUUUUGCCCACUCUGACCGUCGUUGCUGCCAUUGCAACACCGCACAACGACGCCGACACCCAACACCACCCCGUCGCGCGCCUUAUCGCGCUUAUCAGCUGCCAUGGCGUUCCAGCAGCCCCAGCAGCGACCGCGACCAGCACGCCAGCUCUCCAUCGACUACACCCCACAGCAACGCAUUCCCGCCCCGACAUCGCCAGCGACACGGCGAACCAUCGAAGACUCGCAAGAAUGGAUCCUCUUCCAACCUCAAUCCGACCAACAGAGCGCCACGGGCACAUCGCGAACGCCACGCACAGCAACACACCGAACCCUGUCCGACAUCGCGUCAUUAGAAACACAUAUCAAGUCGGAAAAUAAUCCCGACGAUAGUGGCACAUGUCUCGGUACAGAAGCCGACGAACUGGACAGUCUCGACGACGGCCUUCAUGCCUUCCACAACCCGUUCGCAGGGCCGUCCAACCUCGAUCACAGUGGCGGGACCGUAUUGCCCACGCACGACGGCUUUGGCACCUUCCCCUCCGGUGUCGAUCUACAGGAGCACCUCUGGCAGUUUGAACGAUAUAACCCUCACCGACGGAGUAGUAAACAUGUUCGACGGCGAAGCAGUGUGCAGCGGAAAUUAGAUGAGCUGGAGGUGGAGCAGGAAAUCAGCGCCGAGGAUGAUCGCACAGCUCGCAUCGAGAAGUGGCGAUUAGACCAGAGCAAGGCGGUAUUGGAGGAGAUUGAGCGCGAGACAAGACGGAGGAGGAGACGGCUCAGUCGAAUGACGACCGCCACGAGCGCUGGUGAAGUGCAUUCACAACUGCAGGACGAGGCCUUAUCAAGAGUCUUCUCUCGACAAGACUCAGUCAUGACCGACGCAGCAGGGAGCACAAAGACAGAACCCGCACCACAGAGCGAGUCUUGGUGGCGAAGAAUCACACGCAAGGUGAUACAAGACCUCAUCGGCCUCGAUGAUGCCACUCUGUCCGUCAUAUUUGGCGAACAACUGGCCGAUGAUGCCUCACCAACACCGAGGGACUCGUCACCUCUUGCCACGAGAGCUCGAAAAGAAUCUCGCGUGUCCUUUCAUGACUCAGACCCAGCAUGGGAGGUCAAACUUCUCGACCGCAUUGCACGCGAGCUCGGUAUCCUCGUGAACACACUCGCCGAAGCUGAUGGCUCAGCAUUCAGCACAUACAAGAAUGCACAGGAACAGGAAAUCGAGUACGCUGGACUUCCACGAAAUAUCCCGCGCCAGCCAUCAUUGCGACAACGCCGACGGGAGGAGAAAGCACGAAAAGGCAAAGCUCCCAUCGACAACGCCUUUGCACCAACUGUCCCGCAAUCGCCACUCACAGCAGUCACAGAACCUGCCGAUACAUCAUUAUGGGGGAUCGAAGAAGAACCCGAUGAGCUCACAGAUGAGGAAGAGCACGGCAAGCUUCAGAAGGAACGAGAGUACUGGGAGCGAGAUGUCGACGUGAAGAUGGUUUUCUCAUAUCUGAAGAACCGCUUCUCAAAUGCGCAACCGGGGCCUCAACCCAGUGCCGCUGACAGUAUUGGUCCUUUGCCAGCGUCCUGGGCCACGACAGGCACAGUAAACACUGCCAUGGGCACAUCACCCGAAAGCGAGCGUCGCAAGGAAAUUAUCCGACAACAACAUCCACUCGUGUCAAAAGCCGCCGAGCGAGCUCUCGAACGAGCACAACUCCAAGCAGUGCAUGCCCGACGACGAGAGUCUAUGCUCAAGAAACGCCACAUGGAGCAGCUCGCCAGGAAGCGAACAGGAGACAGCAGCUGUGCGAGCCAAAGCACGAAGCGAAGUCGACAUACCAAGAGCGGAAGCUCAAGACAUUAUUGGGAUAUUGGUGGGAGCGCAGGCAGCAUCCACAGCGGCCAGGCUUUGUCUUCUGCGCUGGGCGCUUGGGGAGAAGUUUGAGCGUUGACAUUCCACAACCAAGGACGGCCAUGACCAGGCACCAUUUUCCACUUCGGAUCUAGAAUACCCGUAUUGAGAGGACUGAAACAGCGACUCUAUCCGCACUCUGCUUUGCUCACACUUUUGCCAUUUCUGUAUCGCGAUACAUGACAACAAUUUUUCUCUCUUGAGCGAGCGUUCUUAUGGAAGCGACAAAUUUUUUCAUGUUUGACAUAC